GUUGGAUGUUUAAAGGAGCAUUUUUGUGGAACGAAAUGUAGGUACUUGUUACUUCAAUGUUCAUAAAUUGCAUAAAUCGUGACUUUCAGAUCAGUCGUACGACACCGCGUUGUUAACACGUAAUAAUAUUUUAUGACCCAUAAUCAAAUUCUCGAUUAUGCAAAUUAAUUACCUUGUUAUUUUAGAUACAUUAAGUAUUACGCGUAUAAAUAUAUAAUUGUUAACGACAUUAUUGAAUUCUUUAACACAACCGCUACGUAUUUAGUGUUAAUUAGCGUACGUUAAUAUAACUAUUUAUUAUAAAGUAAAAUUCCGUCUAGCCAUUUCAGUAGUAACGAAGAUGGUGCGAAGUCGGUCACUGUGUCUGUUCCUAGUGCUAUCGCUAAUAGCGAACGCUUUUAGCGCACCAAAUGAUAUCCACCGCUGGAAACGCGCCUCUGUUGACAAUAGACGGACCCCCAGGGACACAUUGACGUCAUCAGAUAAUUCUGGUGCAAAUUACAAAGAAUUCGAUCCUGAAUCUGAACAAAAGUCAUACAACCCAAGCAGGGACUUGGAACCUGAUGACGACAACGAUGACAAUGACGAUGACGAGGACGACAGUUUCGAGCCAAUGCAACCAGCGGCUACUGUGGGAGGCAGUAACAUCUUCAGUUUGUUAAGACUCGCCAACGCAUUGCUACCUGGUUUAAGCAGUGGAGAUAACCCAAUAUUCCAAAAUAUGCUACGCGAGUUAUUCAUUUAUAAUAACCCAAGAUAUAUCCUGCGACGGCAAGAUAUUGGCGAUAAUGAAAUAGAAAUAGACUAUGAAGUGGAUUUGAAACCACCUCCACCAUCUCCAAGUUUCCAAAGGCAUGAAAAGGAUGAAGAAAAUGAGGAUGAAUCGUCUGAUAGUGAUGAAGAUGAUGACGAUGACAACGAUUCAGAAGUAAACGAUGAAGCAGAAGUAUUUAGUAAAGAAGAGAAAGGGGACGACAACGUUUCUAAAUCGAAACAUGAUUCUGACUCUAAAGAGAAUGGUUCCGAGAAUGAUUCUGAUUAUGAUUCUGAUGAGCCGCCUGGUGGUGAUGGGCAAGGAGGUGGCAUUUUAGGUUUAUUGGCUGGAUUAAGUGGAGGUGAAGACGGUCAAUCUGAUUUGGGAUCUUUGCUUGCUGCAGUAAGCGGUAUAGUGGCAAAUCUCAGUGGCGAUGGCAUAGAUUUAAACAGCUUAAUUGCAUCAGGAAUAGGAUUGUUUGUUGGUUUAUUGUCUGAAGGGGAAGAGAAUCCAGGAGCUGUGAUCGCCAGUUAUCUACUUACGUCAUUGGACACUAUCACGGGCGGUGGAGCACAAAAUAAUGGUGCGUUCUUCGGAAAUUUUGUAUCCAAACUGAUUAAAGGAACAAGUGCGGCCGGUAAUCCUGAAGCCAGUUCUGAAGAGGACCCUAACAAGAUGCCAAUGGCCGACUCGGCAGGAUUCUUCUUAAGUCUUAUUAUGUCCCUACUUGGAGACAUGUCGAAAACCAGUUCAGGAGGCAGUUCUUAAAUCCCUAGUGAAAUGGAAAUCGAACUAUUCGGUCCAAUGGAAAACGGAAAUUGUGUUCAAACUUGUACAGAUAGACUGUAAAAUAUUUUAAUCAUAAUAAAAAAAAAAACUGUUUGGAAUGUAGCAAGUAAGAUUAUUUGCCACUGACUUAUAUUAUUGCCAUUUCGAAUAGAUAUAUUACUAUAAACAGAAUUCUAGGCAUAAAUGUUAUAC